AUGAACAAGGCAAAGUCGAUUCAGACAACAAAGUGGGGGACGGCCUGUGCUCAAUGCGCCGCAGCCAAAGCAAAGUGCUCUCGACAGUCCGAGAUUCCAGGAUCCAAAUGCGACAGAUGCGAGCGGUUGCUCAAGACCUGUACGGAACAGGUGCAAAGGCCCAGGAAGCCAAGACAGUCCAGGGCGGGAAGCAGAAAACAAUCAACCUCUUCUUCUCCCUGUGGUGACACCUGCGGCUCCCUUUUACCACCAUCCAAUACAUCGAUUGCCAGCUUUACCUCAUCCGUCUCGGCCUCAAACCACGAUAUCGCCGCUGAAAGUCAUUUCCAACAUGGUCCUUCACGUUCCAACACAUCCUCUCCCUCCCUAUCUGUGACCUUCUCCCCGCCUCCGUCAGUUCCUCGGACAUCCGUCCCUCCUGUCGACAAUUUGAAUCGCCCGCGGUCGCCAUCAAAUCCGACCGCUGAUGAAGACGCGCUGCAAACCUUCUUCGUUCAUAUUCAACCUACCUUCCCCUUUAUACUCGUGCCAAGCAAUGUCAACAGCCAGGCGUUGGCGGUGGAGAGACCGCUACUCAUGUCUGCUAUCAGGAUUGCUGCCGCUACCACACAGACAAGCUCCGACACCUCCAAAAUCCCCGAGUCGACAUUGCGAAGACAAGUAUAUCAGUUAGUCAACCAGGUCUCGAACACGGUACUGCUAAGGGGAGACGGAAGUCUCGAGACACUAAUGGCUGUUGUGGUAGUUCUGGGACGGUGGAGGUGGUGGUGCGCGAGGCAUGGAGGGAGAUUCAACAGUCUACUGGCGGUAGCCGAAGCGCUGGUUGGGGAGUUGGGACUCAACCGCAACUCGAGGCUGGCGCAAGAAGAAGAGGAAAGAGUAACCGAUGAUGAGAAGAGGUUACUGCUUGGUGUGUGGUAUUUGCGGUCAUGUGCCGCCACACAUCUCUCCCAGCCCUCGCCAACAGUCUUCACGCCUUACAUGCUUCAGUGCCUCAACGAUAUCGAAAUGUCCAGCCAACACUCCGAUCGAGUCCUUGUCCAAGCCGUCAAGAUUCAGCGCCUGGAAGAACGGAUCGCGAGACUUAAUGACGAGCUACUGGCCUCUUUACCGACUUUGAACCGGGCAGAAGAUGAAGCAAGAGUUGCAAGGAUUGCUGGUUUGAGGAAUGAGUCGGAGCUGUUGAAUCGCGGAUCGGCUGAGUUGGUGCAUAAUCCCCUCAUAGCCUCCCACCUCAAAACCGCCUUCCUCCGUCUCCACGAGCCACUACUCACUCACCCACCCACCGUCCUCACGCACCCCUAUGCUUCCGCAUUGGGCAUCCAUUUUACUUCCGGUGCACCAACAGCAGCGACCACCUUUCAGCCUUUCUUGGGCACAUGGCAGACCACCAUCCUCGGCGGAAACGCAAGGCUAACAGCUUUGCCAACACCAAUCCUGACGAUGCACCUGUCCUACUUCUCCUCCCUGCUCUUCCAACUCUGCUCUGCCUUGAACUCGACUUCAACCUUCCCCGGCGUGCAAGCGCUCGGGCUAUCAGAUAGCAUCAGGGAACAGGUGGCGCUCUUGGGGGUAGUCGUCAGGCCCGAUUUCAUGGCGUUGCUGUUGGCGGUUGCAGACGCCGUCACCGAGACUUCUUCUCUGACAACAGGAACCCUCGCACCCACAGACGGAAGGAUUCAGUCUCUGCUUUCCACCCCUUCUGCCUUUUAUCCUUUGGUCCUGGGGAAGUGGGUAUCCUUCGCUGUUAAUGGGGGUGUUUUGCCUGCUUCUACCACUACUUCUCAAACAUCACACGCAGGCCUGUCAAGCCCACCAAACCCGUAUCUGCUAUCAGCUUCGGCAGCCGGAUCUCCGUUUCCGACUACAGACUCGGAGUAUGAGGAUUAUGAACUCGAAUUUGAUGUCGAUGUUGACAUGACUUUGCCAACUACACAAGGGAUGCAAUAUGGUGGGUAUCAUGGUCAGGCUCAGAGUCAACAGCAUCAAGGGUAUGGACAACAGCAGAUGCAGGCACAGCCCGGGCAGCAAUGGGCGGCGACGGAUGGAUGGCCGGUAAGCUCACCGGAGGAGAAUUCUGGUGUGGCCUUGGGUGCGGCGAUGUUUUGGGGGCAGACGCAGGGACAUGUACAACAUACACAGGGACAUCAUGGACACCAGCACCAGCACCAGCACCAGGGGCAGGGAGGGUGGGGACAGGGAAGGUGA